GAUGAUAUGUCUGUGUGAAAUUUUUAGGUUGUUUUAAAUUUUAUAGGGUGAUAAUUUAUUACAGCUUUCUUGAUUCUUCAUUUGUAUUUUAGUGGCUUUUCUAGAGCUCUAAAUCCAGUUAAUUAAAUAUACGCCUGCAGCUAAAUUAUUUAAUAACUUAUAGUAUUAAAUUCCAAUCAUUUCGAACCGACAAAAAAUGGAUUUAAACUUCCUUUCUGGUUUGGGAUGCGGUAUUUGCAUCGGGAUUUCUAUAUUUGCAUUUAGAAAAUAUUUUGGAACCAUCACCGAGACUGCCAAAGCGGUGAAAAAGAUUGCAUCAGAUGCUGAGUACAAAUUGGUAUUAGUUGUACGAACAGACCUAAACAUGGGUAAAGGAAAAAUUGCAGCUCAGUGUUGUCAUGCAGCAGUGGGGGCAUAUGAAAAAGCUUUAAAACGAGACCCUGAAGGUUUAAAAAGUUGGCAAAUGACUGGCCAAGCAAAAAUAGCACUCAAAACAGAUUCUGUAGAUGAAAUCAAGCAAAUAGCGGACAAUGCUAAGAAAAUGGGACUUGUUACUUCAUUAGUAAGAGAUGCAGGACGGACACAGAUAGCUCCCAACUCCAUUACAGUGCUUGGUGUUGGACCUGCGCCUAAAGAUGUUAUUGAUAAAGUCACUGGACAUUUAAAAUUAUUGUAAUAAUAAGUUGUUAUGUAAAUGAAA